GUGUGCGCCUCUCCUACCCCUCCUAUCGCGCACCGGAGGGCGGAAGUGACGUCGGCUUUCCCGCUUUGCUCCGCUUCCAUCUCGGUCGCGAGCUUGCGACCACUCGAGUCUGGCUCCCACGGCUACCCGAGGCGGAAGAUGGCGGAUGGAGUGGAUCACAUAGACAUUUACGCGGAUGUGGGCGAAGAGUUUAACCAGGAAGCAGAAUAUGGUGCACAUGAUCAGAUUGAACUUUAUGAGGAUGUUAUCUCUCCCUCUGCAAAUAAUGGAGAUGCACCUGAAGACAGGGACUACAUGGAUAAUCUUGCAGCGUCUGUUUCAGAUGAUGUGGUGAAAGGAUCAUCUUCAAAUUCAGCAUUUUCUUAUACUGGAAAAAGAAUAGCACUGUACAUAGGAAAUUUGACAUGGUGGACAACAGAUGAAGACUUGACAGAUGCUGUUCACUCUCUGGGUGUCAAUGAUAUUUUGGAAAUUAAAUUCUAUGAGAAUCGUGCUAAUGGCCAGUCAAAAGGGUUUGCAUUAAUAUGUGUUGGAUCAGAAUCUUCCUCGAAGAAACUCAUGGAUUUGUUGCCUAAAAGAGAGCUACAUGGGCAGAAUCCUGCUGUAACGCCUUGCAACAAGCAGUUCCUUUCUCAAUUUGAAUCUCAGUCACGAAAAACUACACAGGCUGGCCAAAUGUCUGGAGAAGGAAAAGCCGGGCCGCCUGGUAUCAAUGCUCGGUUACCAUUUCCGCCGGGUGGCAGAGGCAGGGGCCGGUUCCCGACCUCAGGUCCUGGUGGUGACAGAUUUCCUGGACCUUCUGGACCCGGAGGGCCUCCUCCACCUUUUGCGGGUAUGACUCCUCCAAGACCACCCAUGUGUCCACCUGGCCCACCAGGACCCCCUGGUCCUCCUCCAGGGCAGCCAAUUCCUCCGCCGUUAGCAGGACCACCAAAUCGUGGUGAACGCCCACCUCCCCCAGUUUUAUUUCCUGGACAGCCAUAUGGUCAACCACCGUUAGUUCCCCUGCCACCUGGCCCCCCUCCUCCUGUAUAUGGUCCUCCACCUGGCCCCCCUCCUCCACAGCCAGGUCCACCUCCUCUUCCUGGUCCAUUUCCUCCUCGCCCCCCAGGACCUCCAAUGGCUCUUGGGCCACCUCCACAUUUGCCAGGCCCACCUCCUGGAGGUCCCCCACCAGCUCCACAUGUAAAUCCGAACUUCUUUCCUCCACCUGGUAAUGCUGGUAUGCCUGCUUCAGAUAGCCGUGGCCCACCACCAUCGGAUCCAUAUGGUCGGCCACCUCCAUACGACCGGGGAGAUGUGAGAACACCUUUAAGUGAAGCAGAAUUUGAGGAAAUCAUGAACCGCAACAGGGCAAUUUCCAGCAGUGCAAUUUCCAGAGCAGUUUCUGAUGCCAGUGCUGGUGAUUAUGGAAGUGCUAUUGAAACGUUGGUGACAGCUAUUUCUUUAAUUAAACAGUCCAAAGUGUCAGCUGAUGAUCGUUGCAAAGUACUCAUCAGCUCUCUGCAGGAUUGUCUUCAUGGAAUUGAAUCAAAGUCUUAUGGUUCAGGGUCUAGACGUGAGCGUUCAAGAGAAAGGGACCACAGUAGGUCACGAGAAAAAAGCAGGCGUCACAAAUCUCGCAGCCGAGAUCGCCAUGAUGACUAUUACCGGGAAAGAAGUCGUGAACGUGAGAGGCAUCGUGAUCGGGAACGGGAUCGUGACAGGGAAAGAGACCGAGAGAGAGAGUAUCGUCACCGCUAAGCAGCUGACAGAAGAGGAACAUCUUUAAAGAUCACAUGUUCACCUAAUGGAAAAGAAGAUACUUGGCCAUCAGUUUGCUUCAUAUGAUUCAACAGCUCAAAGUUACGGAUAAAAAUGAGCAGAUCUAGAUGUGAAUAAAGCAAUUCUGCAAACAUGGUAACCAGUAGAUCUACUUUUAUUUUUUAUGUUGCUUAAAUGUUUUAUUUGAAGGAAACCUGUGUGACAUAAACCUUAUUAGUUCUUGCAAUUUGGGUUUAUACAUUAUAUUUACAAUUUAUAAUGUACAAGCAGUUGGAAAGUUCAGCUCAUUCUUGUUUUUAUAGUUGUUUGUUCCUGUUAAAAUGUUCUAAAAAUGUCUGUAAAUACCACCUCAAUUACAGUAGAUAUAGUAUUGUAAUAAACUGUUUAAUGGGGCUGAUGUGUAAAGCUGUUCAAGUUAUUUGCUGUUUACACCUCAGGGAAAAGCUUGCUAUGACAGUAUAUUCUUUCUUUUUACAAAACAGAUUUUAUUCCACAAACAUUGAAGUCUUUAGAGAUGCAUUAUUUGCUGCAAUAGCAUAGUUUUCCGUCUCAUUUAUUUAUUUUUGCGAGAUCAACACACCAUUUUUAAACAUUU